AGACCCAGAGAGCUUGAAGGAGGGCCCCUCUAGAGCUGAGAGAAGGGGGCGGGGCCUCCCAAAGGCGGUUCCUGAGGACUCCUGGGACCACAGCCCAGUUGCAGGGUGGCUAGAGGGAAGUGAGAGGCCAACUCAGCCUGGGCCCGGCCGGGAGAGACCCUCCGUCCCCCGCUCCCCGACCACUGACAGCCAUGGCUGCGGCCCAGCAGCUGCGGGCUGAGAGUGACUUCGAACAGCUUCCCGAUGAUGUCGCCAUCUCAGCCAACAUCGCCGACAUCGAGGAGAAGAGGGGCUUCACCAGCCACUUCGUUUUUGUCAUCGAGGUGAAAACGAAAGGGGGAUCCAAGUACUUGAUCUACCGCCGCUACCGCCAGUUCUACGCCUUGCAGAGCAAGCUGGAGGAGCGCUACGGGCCAGAGAAUAAGUCCAGCCCCUUCGUCUGCAGCCUGCCCACCCUCCCAGCCAAAGUCUACAUGGGUGUGAAGCAAGAGAUUGCUGAGAUGCGGAUACCUGCCCUCAACGCGUACAUGAAGCAGAGCCUGCUCAGCCUGCCCAUCUGGGUGCUGAUGGACGAGGACGUCCGGAUCUUCUUCUAUCAGUCGCCCUACGACUCCGAGCAGGUGCCCCAGGCGCUCCGCCGGCUGCGCCCACGCACCCGGAAGGUCAAGAGCGAGUCCCCACAAGGUGCGGGCUUAGACCGCUUGGCAGCUCCCAGAGCAGAGGCCCUGUUUGACUUCACUGGGAACAGCAAACUAGAGCUGAAUUUCAAAGCUGGAGACGUGAUCUUCCUUCUCAGUCGGAUCAACAAAGACUGGCUGGAGGGCACCGUCCGGGGCACCACAGGCAUCUUCCCACGGUCCUUCGUGAAGAUCCUCAAGGACUUCCCCGAGGAAGAUGACCCCACCAACUGGCUGCGCUGCUACUACUAUGAGGACACCAUCAGCACCAUCAAGGACAUCGCAGUGGAGGAAGACCUCAGCAGCACUCCACUGUACAAGGACCUGCUGGAGCUCAUGAGGCGGGAGUUCCAGAGGGAGGACAUCACCUUAAAUUACCGGGAUGCGGAUGGGGACCUGGUUCGGCUGCUCUCGGAUGAGGAUGUGAGGCUCAUGGUGAAGCAGGCCCGAACUCUGCCGUCCCGGAAUCAUCUCUUCCCCUGGAAGCUACACAUCACCCAGAAAGAUAACUACAUGGUCUACAACACCGUCCCCUGAGCUGAUGUGUCCCUGGGGCACUGAGGGGACACCUGAAACAACUUCCAUUUAAGAAAAAUUAAACAGACUUUGCCACGUCUGUUCACACAAAUCCAGUUGUUUGGCUUCUAACAUGUUGCCUGACCAGAUUCACGGAGGGAUCCAGCUGCUGCAAAGCUACUAGAGCCCAGAUAGGACACUCUCUUCAAAGAGGGGUGAGCCUCACAAGAGGCACUGGGUUCUCCAAUGACCUCCCUCUCUAGCCUCCCACCCAUGGCCAGAGCUGGAGCUAGAAUUCAUUUGGCCCCAUUUUGCGAUUGUUCUGGAAUGCAGAGGCAAUGCUGUUAGAAUACUGAGCCUUGGAGAGGCCGUGAGGUGGGAGGCUGGGGCUCCUGUGCAAAGUCAUGACCUUGGGGCUGAGGGGUGAGGUGAUUCUGAGACAGUAGCAUCUCUGGGUCCAAGCAGAAGCAGAAAAGAGUCCCCCCUGGAGUAAAGUGUCCCCAGUUUAGGAUGACAAGAGUCAUUCAGAUUAAGAUCAAGCAAAAGGUUUAUUGUUAAAAAUCAACAAAUCUCUGUGAGUGAGAAUAGACAGUGACAACAAACGAUGGCUUUGGAGUCCCAGGGACUAUGGAUUAUUGAACUACAUGACUAAAUUGUUUAAAGAAAUAAAGAAUAACAUCAUAACAAUGAACAAGCUAAAGAGA